GUUCUUGGAAACAGAAGUUAGGGUUGGCAAAGGUAAACCAGAACAAAGACGUCACUCGGCCACGUGACGGCAGUCCGGAGAUUCAUAUAAAGCCCUGAUCCUCCAAAUGAGCAUCUGGUAACUUGAGCCGUUUCGUCUUGGAAUUCUUGGUGGGUUUAUUUUCUGUCCUAACAUGAGACUUGAGAUGAUUCAAGUUUCAAGGACACCAGGGUUCUCCAACUUAGGAAACAUGAAUUCAUUUUCACAUAUUUCCACUGAUCAGGACUUUAGCUCAAUGGCAACGGACAGAAGACAAAGAUCGCGUUCACAAUAUGACUCAGAGGAGAGUAAAAGCAUUGAAUCGCAGAAACAGACAGAGGAAAUCAGUGUCAGACCUCGCUCCAGGUCAUUUUACAGUUUUGAGAUGUCAGAACAGUCUUCUAACCACAGCAUGGAGAGCUUUUUAAGGUCCAGUCCUCUGAGGCAGAAAGCAAGCACAGUGUUUAAGAGUCUGGCACCCAAAAAGGAGGAUGUGUCUGGAGUUCAUGUCACUUCAAGGGGAAUAAAGCCUAAACUGAACAAGCAUUCACACUCAAGUGAGCUCGAUGGCGGUAAAAGCAGUGCCAAACCGAUGAUAACUAUCUCUGAGUUGGACAGUUGGGACAUCUGCUCCAGUUCUGGGAUGAAGUAUGGACAGUUUGUGGACUGGGAGAAAAUCGAUCCUGAAUCUGCUAGUAAAUACCAGCAGAUCCUCAACAGUGAACAUAAACAGCUAAAAGCUAUGGGCCGACAGGGGUUCUGGGCCAUGCCGCACACCCUAAGAGCCAAAGCUUACUAUCAUAUCAUCCACUGCUUCACUUGCAGCAAAGCUAAUGCUCCAGACAGAGAAGUCUACUACGAACUGGCCAAGAAGCUUUUUGGCGAGCAGAAACUCAGCAACCAUCCGGUCCCAGAGUACAUGGAAGACGGAGACAUACCAAGAUACUGUCUAAACAAAGCAGGUCUGAACUCUGUUAAAAAGAUCCUCCUGUGCAUCGGCAACUACUUUCCAGAGAUGAACUACUGCCCCAUCCUCCCAGCCUUGGUGUCUGUCAUGCUCCACUUUAGCGAGGACGAAGCAGAGUGUUUCUUCAGCGUGUCGCGGCUCAUCUGCUACAAAGACACCAACAAGCGUUACAUUGACCAGACCUUCCUCACCUACCGCGCCUCCUGCAUGACAUUCGGGGACAUUGCCAAUAGAUGUUGCAAAGGCAUUCGUAAGCUGAUUGCCAGCUCUCACCAGAACCUUUUUGAGUUCUACUCUGACUGGAUCAUGUGGAUAUUUGCUGACCUUCCAUUCACAUAUGCCAUCAGAGUUCUGGAUGUGUACUUACUUGAGGGCUACAAGGUUCUCUACAGAGUGGCUUUGGCUUUGCUGGAUCUCUACAAAGUUUCCGUCUCCUCUCGAGUUGCUGACGUGCAGGACUUCAGAACUGAUAUGAAACGUUUUGUUCAGAGUGUGGACCGCUAUUGCACAGUUGAGAACCUUCUGGAAAGAGCCUUCAUGAUUCCAAUGGCCACCAGGGCCGAGCUUAACCUUCUUUUUAAUGCCAACAAGGAUUCACUCAUCCAGAAAGGUGUCAGUAAAGACCAAAAGAGGCAAACAGUGGAGACAGAGGAUUUCACCAACUUCUUCUCCAGUAUUGUUACAAAAGUAGAGAUGAGAGUCAUCUGGGCCUGGAUUCCAGAGCGAUUUGCUCUUUUCAGUCCCGUUCAGCUGUUCAGUACAGCUGAGCAUGAAAGAAGUCUUGCUUCGUUGUACUCGCAUGUGGAAGGACAUGAACCAGUGGUCCUGAUAAUCAAAACAAUGGAUGAAGAGGUGUUUGGCGCCUUCUUGUCCACAGAUGUGAGAGAAAGAAACCAACACAACUCUCAGACGCCAAUGUAUUUUGGAACUGGAGAGUGUUUUGUGUUUACGCUUCGUCCCAGCAUGGAGCGCUACCAAAGAGCCAUGGUCUACAUUUUGACAAGAAUAGCUUCUCCUCAGCAAGUGUCAGGGUUUGGUAACUCACCAAUGAGCAGCCCAACUGGGAUCUACCAGAAUCCCGGCAACCUGAACAUCUCGUGCUCUGCUUCACUGGAGAACUCCCUGACCGCCAAAGAACCCAAGAGAUCAAAAGACCAAUAUGCGUCCAUGUUCAUCGCAGGGGAUGACAGGCGGCUCAUUAUUGGUGGGGAUGGAGGCCAUGCCCUGUGCUUGCAAGGAGAUUUGGAGGGUGGCUGCACAGAGCCAUGUGACACAUUCAUGAGCAACCCGCUCUGCAAGGGAAAUUUCCAGAUCCAAUCCUUGGAGGUUUGGGGCAUCCAGAACUCUGUUUGUUUGUCUCCCAGUUCUUCGCCUCAGUAGAGAAACAUGCAGUUUCACAUCUGUUUUUUUCUCAAUACUGAAUUUGUUUUUUUAUGUAAAUUUAUGUCAUUUUAUUUUGAUGCUGUUUGGAAAUAUACAACGCUGAAAUGUAGAUUAAUUCUUAAACUUUUAAGAAGCACAUGUAAGUUGCAAAGCAAUUCCCUUUUGCUGGAUUUAAUGCUAUUUAACCUCAACAUUGUAUUUUCUCACCCUUCUUUUUGCUUUAUUUUAUCUUUAACAUUGACGCGUGCUUCAUAGCAAAGACAAAAAAGUGAGUUUUGGACAAUGAACAAUGCUUUUGGUUAAAAUACUCAAUGUUUUAGGUAAAAUGAUAACUGUUUUGCUGGUAAGUUGGUGUUACAAUAAAUACUUAUACUAGCUAGAA